AUGUCUUCUACAAAGAAUGAUCCAAAAGCUGAGACAGCUGAUGAUUUGGACGAUCUAGAUGAUAUCCUAGAUGAGUUUAAUGAACCUGCAAAAGUUGCACCAACCACAAAAACAGAAAAGCCAUCAAGUGAACCAGUAGCAUCAACUUCAAAUACACAAUCUACCAAAGCAGCCACCGCAACCGAAGAUGGAGAAGAAGAAACAGAAGAUCAACUCAAUGAAAGAUUCGCAAGAGAAUUGGCAGAAGGAAUGGAAGCUUUGAUGAAAGGUGUUACUCCUGAUGGCCUUCCUGCUCAUGGAUUGAAUCCAGCAGCCGGACAAGGUGAAGGAGAGGUAGAAGGUUUACCAAACGAAGAAGAGAUGAUGCGUCAAUUUGAACAAAUGAUGGCAGAUAUGGGAUUCGGUGGUGGUGGUGCUCCAGGCGCUGCUUCAGGACCAGGUGCAAGUGGAUCGGGUCCAACAGCCUCAGGCUCUAAACAAGCACCCGCUGCACCACCUGCAAAUUUCCAAGAUGCAAUCAAAAGCACAAUGUCAAGACUAAGAGAAUCCGAUCAAACGGCAACAUCAAAUGCAAGUCAAGCAAAUGAGAUGGACUUUGAAAAGUUAAUGGAAGCUUUGGGUAACGUUUCAGGUGCUGAAGGAGAAGAAGGAGUUGCGGCAAUGCUGGAAAAUAUGAUGAGCGAAUUGAUGGGCAAAGAAGUAUUGUAUGAACCAUUGAAAGAACUUCGUGACAAGUACCCCGCUUAUCUUGCAAAUCCACCAGCUCAACUUUCCGCUGAAGAUAGAACGCGAUAUGAAGAACAACAAAAGAUCGUCAACGCGGUCGUGGCUACUUUCGAUGAUCCUAAAUUCGAUAAUGGAACAGAAGCAGAAAAAGCAGCAUUGAAGAGUAAAGUACAAGGAUUGAUGAACGAUAUGCAAGAUCAAGGUGCACCGCCACAAGAGAUUAUCGGAGAUCUACCGCCAGAAUUGGGAAAUAUGCCAGGAAUGGGAGGAGAUGAGAAUUGUUGUGUGAUGUAA